UUACUAAAGAGUAUCGUUCUCGACAGCCUGUUACCUUGAUGACUCAGAUUUAAAUGAGCAAAAUUCGUAACAUCAAUCUUCAGCACAAAACCAAAUUAAAAAAAAAGAAAAGAAAAAAUCAUAGAGGUUUGUGUGAGGAUCUUGUAAAUGGUAGGUGGGAUGAGUUAAAGAUUGUGAUGAAGGGAAAAGUUGUCACUCUGCAAACAGGAGCUACUGGCCUACAGAGAGAUGCUGAAGUAAUGUGGCUGUUUGAAAGUGGAGACCAAACUACCCGUAUAGCACAGCUGUAUAAAGGAACAGUUUUCACUCAUUAUGAACCGAGACUCGUCAACAGACUAAAGCUGGACCUAGAAACUGGAUCACUGACUAUCUGGAACAUCAGCACCAGUGAAUCUGGACUCUAUGAAGUCACCAUCAGUGGAUUCAUGCCAAUGAGGACCUUCAAAGUUAAUGUUUAUGAGCCUGUUUCUGUACCUGCCAUCGGUACUGGCUCAUCGGUGGCUCACCCAAAUCAAGAACUCUGCUCUGUGCUCUGCUCUGUAAAAAAGGAACAAGGUGUGUCCAUCUCGUGGUAUAAAGGGGGUGAAAUAGUGAACCAGACCAGCAGUCCAGAUCUCAGCAUGAACCUGAGUUUACCAUUAGAGCUCCAUUAUACUGAUUCAGAAACCUACAGCUGCACAGCUGCAAAUCCAGUGAGCGAUAAGACCGUUCAUCUUCACAUCAAAGAGAUCUGCCCACAACAUGAAGAUUGUCCGGAGCAUUGCGGUGUUACUGAGGUUCUGAUUCGAUUGGUUCUGUCCGGUCUGGUGGUAAUUGGCACUGUUGUCUUUCUGGUUGAGCACAUGAUGUUGUGCUCCACUGAAGGAAGAGCUCCGUCAGUGUGUUAAAGACACUGCCUUGAUAGGUUCUGUAAGGUUAUAGGCAACACCAAAUAAAAUGACAAAAUUA